AUGGAUUAAUUGAAUUCAUGGGGUUAUUGUAAUCCAACUAAUUGGGAAGAUAAACUUCCAAAACCAUAUAAAUACAUAAACAAACUCUUAAAUACUAUGAUACUUAAUGAAGUCUACAACAAAGUUUUCGAAAUUGAAAAAUAUCGUUCUGAUCCAAACUAUGAAGGACAAUUAAGAAUGUUGCCUCCUUAAGGUGUUUUUGACAUUCCUUAAUUGAGUUGUGUUAGUCGAGAUAGUUCAAGCAAUUUAGUAGCAGCUGGAGACACUUAGGGAAAUUUAAUGAUAUUAGACUUAAGCAAGAAACUAAGAAUUGCCAAGAAAGAAACAAAUGGGAAAAGAAUACUUAAAGUAUGUUUGAGCAGUAGAGAUCAAGCGCCUGAUGAUUAUAAGAAUGUUUGUGUGAUUGGAGUUGUUUAACAUAAUGAUCCAGUUGUGUACAUUUAUCGAUUCAAGCCAUUAGAAAAUAAAUUAUUGCUUCAUCAUACGAUUACAAUGUCAAAGGACAAGAAUGCAAUUGGUGAAUAUCCAGUCGAUGUAGACAUAAGUUAAUAUUCUUAAUAUAUAACUGUUACAUAAUAUAAUGGAAGUGUUAAAGUGUUUAGAAUUCCAGAUUUAAAAAUAGAUCUAUAAUCAAAUUCAAGCCAAAUAUCAAGCAACAGCGUUGGAGCACAAAGUCCAAGACACUUAUAAAGUCAAUUCAAACCAUCACCAAUAAAAGGGAAAGAAUAGCCAAUAGUUGUUCCAGUGCAAUAAUAACAGCAAAUUUAAACAUCUCCAAUGGAUAUUACAUGCUCUGAAUUAACCGAUUUGGUGUAUUAGGUGAAGUUCAAUGGAAUAAAGAAAACAUUAGAUUAUAAUGGAAUAAUAGCUAAAAUCAAAUAAGAUUUGACUACUCCAAAAGAGCCUCCUCCUGAAGAAAAAGUUGAUCCUAAGAAGAAGGCUCCUGUUCCUGCAAAAAAACCAGUCGAAGUAGCACCUGUACCAGUUGUAGAGGAAAUACUAUAUGAUGAAAAUGAAAAUGGAGCAGUACCAAACGAUGAUGCUUAUCCAACUCAAAAGUAUCGAGCAAUGGUUGAAUUUAUAAUUGAAAGGUUUAGUGUUCAAAAUGGAAAUAAAACAUUUAAUUCAUAUAAGUAGCAUGAAUGUGUCACAGGCAUAGUUGUAGGUUGGACUAAUACAACAAGACUUGAAUUGCAUCGUUUUACUAGUGCUAAGAGAUCUGCACUUCCAGAGUACUUAAGUGCCUCAUUUGGAUUGCCAACUUAAUAGCUGUUAAAGCAAUAAGCAUCAAUUACUGAGGUCUAAAUUCUUUACCCUUUGAGUUGUAUGGCCAUAUCCAAAUCAUCGGUUUAUUUGGCUGCUGGAUUAUAAUAAGGUAGUGUGUUUGUGUAUGAUUUGAUCUUGGAAUAAGAGAGGUUUUAUUUAGAUAAGCAUAUGUACGCUUGCACUCAGAUUCAAUUUUGUGAUGAUAGCAGAUUGGUUUCAUCUUCAUAUGAUGGAGGUGUUAACAUAUAUGAUAUAAAGGAAGGGAAGUUGUUGUGUAAACGAACUCAUCAAUUUAGGAAGGGAAGUAAAGUCAAAAUGGAAGAACAAAAGCAAGGAUUGUGGAGGAUUAUUGGGAUGAGUGUCAGUCAUACUGGAGUGGCAGCUGCUUUGGAUGCACAAUAAGAAGUGAGAAUUUAUGAUGUCUGGCAUGGUGAAAAAAUAGGGAAACUCUCUCCUUAAUAAGUGAUGGAUGAUAAGUUGAGAUAAUGGGUUUAAGAUAAGGCAUUGGUGGCCUGUUAUAAAAAUGAAAUUUUAAUCUCCGCUGAUGUCUUGCAAGCCAAUUAAUAUACUACUUUACAAAUUUUCAAGAUAUUUGACAAUUUAGUUAAUUUGUUUCCAGGAUUAGCUAAUAUUUAUAGGAAGGGAAUUGAAAAAGAUAAAGUCAUGAACCUAUUCGAAAAAAUACCUAACAGUGAAUUACAAAAUCCAUAAUUCGAUAUUCCCAAUCUUUAAGGAAAUGGCAAUAAUUAAUUGAAAAUCCCUGGAUAAGAACAUAGACCUAGUUAACAAAGAGGAAGCUAAUAAAGAAUUGGAUCAUAACAUGGUUCUCACAAAAGUGGUAAAUUGCCUCCUGCAGCCCCAUCAAGUAUCAAGGGAGGUCCUGUCUCUCUCAUUAAUUCAUUGCAUAAAUCUAAUCAUUCAGAUUAAUAGGUUGAUUUUAAUUCCUCUUUCAAAAGUUAUCAAGCUUCUUCAAUGUCGCAUAGACUCUCAAAAUAAAAUUCCAAACAGGCCAUUUUGACUAAAGAAAUGCUACAUCCUGAAUAGUUCUUGUUGGAGAAGGAAAAAACUUUUAUUCCACUCUUAAUCAAGGAUGACACCAGCAUGGUUGAGCGGUGUCGAAGUAGAAAUUCUGAAAGGUUGGUGAGGAUUGAGAAGGUCAUAAUUGGCUUAAGAGGAGGAAAAGAAGAAGCUUCAAGAGCGUCAUCGUUAAUUGUCUUCUGCUAAAUGAUUAAUUAAUUAUGUAUUUGUUGUAAUGAGCCCAAAAAAUAUAAAUGUCCUAAAUGUGAAAUGCCCUAUUGCAGUGCUGCAUGUUUCAAGCUUCAUAGUUGCAAACCCAUCCAAAAGAAACCAUAAGUAUAAGAUCAAGAACCUUUUAAAAGUGAUUAUAUUGAUGAGGAAUAUAAAUUAUCCAAAGAGAAAUUAGAUAUCCUUAAAAGAAGUUAAAAGAUAAGAAAGUUUGUUUCCAAUAAGCGUCUUUAAAAAUUAUUGAUUCAUAUUGAUAAUAGUAAGUACAGAUUUAAAGAAUUAAACACUUGCAUGCAAAAUGAUAAAGAUUUUGAGGAUUUUUGUACAUUGAUGUUAUCUGAAAUGGGACAUAUUGAUGAAAAUGGACAGUUUAAAUGAUCAGCCAUAAAAUAUUUUAUUAUAAAAUUCAGAUUAUUUUA